AGAAAAAUGGACAUUUAUUACAACAUAAUUUCGCCACCGAGUAGGGCGUUGGCUUUGCUGAUGAGUAAUCUCGGUUUGCUGAGUGUGUCCUGGAAGAGCUUGGAUUUGCUCGCGGGAGAGCAGCUAGCUCCGGAGUUUGUGGCCAUCAACCCGCAACACUGCGUACCAACGCUGGUCGACGGCGAUGUGGUCCUGUGGGAAUCCAACGCUAUCAUGGUUUACCUCGCGGAGAAGUACCAGAUUCCGGAGCCGGGUUAUCCGAGAGAUCCGGUCCGUCGGGCACUCAUGUUCCAGCGAAUGUUCUUCGACGUGGGGACCCUGCACAAGGCCAUUACGGAUUGCUACAGCCAUCAGGUGGUAACUGGAAAGCAGGAGAAAGGUGAAACUGCCGCCAAGAAGUUGGACGAAGUUCUGAAAAUUUUGGAUGGAUUUCUGGCUAAGGGAAAAUUCGUGGCUGGUGAUACGUUGAAUUUGGCCGAUUUCUCCAUCGCAGGAACGAUGUCCAUUUUGACGCUGGUUGAACACGAUUUGAGUUCGUAUGAGCAGAUAACCCGGUGGCAGAACUUGUGCAGUGAGAAAAUGUCCGGCUAUGGAGGGUUGAUGGACGAAGCUAAAGCCGAGUGGCCAAAGUUUUUGGAAAACUUGAAGAAAAAACUCUAA